UCCCAGACGUUCGACACAUUUCAUCUUUGAUCUCCAAUCACCCACUUCCGACCAAUAUCAGGAUAUAAUCUCAUAUCUUAACUACACUUAAAAUCACCAACAUGGAGACCAUCACCAAUGCUGCCAACGCCGCCAGCAAGGCGAUUUGGGGCGAAAACAAUAAUGCCAGCGCAGAGACAGGCCAGGAGCCUCUGGCUGGCGAACAGGGCCGAGGAACUGCUGACUCGCCCUACGACAGGGGAAACGCUGAAGGCCAAUCUGGCUCUGCCGGCCCUGACGCAGGUAGCUCCAACCCCGGACCAACCUCUGGCAGCACUGGCACUGGGCUUCAACCUGGCAUUCCAUCUUCUGGUAGCCAAAGUCAAGGGACCAACAUUGCGGGCCAAAUCCGACCGGAGCACCAGCAAGAUAAGACCGGCGUAACCGGCCUGCACUCUGAUGACCCGAAAUUUUCCGAUCAGCGCCCAAGUGAUUCCAAUGCCGCAUCAACCUCGGACCGUGGCCAAAAGGCGCCCGCGGGCGGCAUCGGCGCAGCUGAGCCCUCGUCCAAGGACCUAUGCUAGGUGGACUGGGAAUCGGGUCUGAGACGUAGCGAAGGC